CGUCAGGGAGGUCAGAUGGUUGGUUUGAGCUGUGGUGGUCAUUUAGCUUGAGUCUGACUUUCUGUGGAGGAUUUACUCUUGUCCUGUUACGUUGUACGUAUUUCGAACGCGAUACGUUUCAGGAACUGAAUCAACACGCUUUUAACUUUUAAACGCGCAGACCUGCUAAGGCACAGAAGUUUGUUCUCCACUGUUAACGUUGCACCUCCGGAUUUGCUAGAUGGUAGUCGGAUAUCACGGUUUUGAUGUGGUUGUCGAUAUUUUAAAAGCACGUUUAUACUAACAUGAACUAUGCACAGCAUUAUUGAUUACUGAUAGUAACGCUUUUAUCACAAUUUAUCAAAAAUAUAAUUCAGGCGGUCUAGUACAGUAAUAUGCCUGGUUUCAGAGAGGCUGGUCUGUUGGGUGCUGCAUUUGCAGCUACUGGGGGAGUUGCUUACGUCUUCUGGAGGUACUUGUCUUCGAGGGAACAUGAAGAAAAAGUGAAGGCUGGAACUGUGGGUGAGCAACCGCUAUUCACAGAGGUUAGAUCUGCAAGCAAACAGGUGCUAGUACUGGGUUUGGACGGGGCUGGGAAGACCAGUGUUCUCCACUGCCUGGCCACUGGAACUGUGAAGAAUAGUGCAUCUCCCACAGAAGGCUUCAAUGCUGUUUGUAUCAAUAAAGAAGACACCCAGAUUGAAUUUAUAGAAAUUGGAGGCAGUGAGUCACUGAGGACGUACUGGAACAUGUACCUCAGUAAGGCCCAAGUGCUAGUCUAUGUAGUAGAUGCUGCUGACCCUGAUCGUUUCCCUUUGGCGAAAAAGCACCUCCAUGAGCUGAUCAGAGAGGACUCCUACCUCCCUUUGGUGGUGUUGGGCAAUAAACAGGAUCUACAGGGGGCCUGCAGCAUUAUGGAGCUGCACGACGCUUUAUCAUUGGAUGAAGUGGGGGAUGAACGAAAACUGUAUAUCAUCGGCACACAUGUGAGAAAGAGUGACUCUGAGGUCCCAUCCAGUGUCCAGGAUGCACGAGAGCUAAUAACUCAACUAGUGACAGAAAGAAAAUAAGACAUUUUUUAAUACUGUGCCAUGAGGAAAGAAUGUUUGAUAUUUUUAUGAGGAAUAUUUAUCAAAACUUGUUAAGAGCUGGUUAACAGUCUGCUGUAUUUGAGCUUUAAAAGUUACAGUAUGAAAAGAAGUUGCAAAAUAUACACUUUUGUGCUAGGGAUCUACAUCUGCUUUUAUAUUGUCUUUACAAAAAUUAUGUUAGGUUACUUCACCAUUUUUAGAAGUUAUGUUUUAUUUUUUUCUGCUUAAGGACGGGUUGUUUUUAAAUUGACUUAUUCUUAUGAAAAGUUUCAUUUCAAUAACACGAAAGUUGUUGAAAAACUGUAUGAAUAUAAUUCUAAGAACAUCUGGGGAAAAUAAAGUUUUUGAAAAGAUUUUGA